AUGGCUUUGGUCUUGCACACGUACAAGGGAAACAAAAAUGCUGACAAAGCACUCAUUGUCGCAGAGUACACUGGCGUGAAGAUUGAUGUCCCCUCUGAUUUUGAGAUGGGUGUCACUAACAAAACCCCAGAGUUCCUCAAGAUGAACCCUAUGGGAAAGGUUCCGACACUUGAGACUCCAGAGGGUGCUGUAUUUGAGAGCAACGCCAUUGCCCGUUAUGUAAGCCGCUUGAAUGGUGAGAACUCUUUGAACGGAUCCUCCCUGAUCGAAUAUGCACAUGUUGAGCAAUGGAGCGAUUUCUCCUCAUUGGAGAUUUAUCCAAACAUCUUGAAGUGGUUCGGCCCAAGAAUGGGCUUUAUGCCAUACAGUGCUCCGGCUGAGGAAGCGGCUGUCUCUGCGUUGAAGAGAGCACUUGAUGCUCUGAACACACAUCUCACUUACAACACUUACCUUGUUGGACACUCUAUUACCCUUGCUGAUAUUAUCACUGUCUGCAACUUGAACUUGGGAUUUGCUACUGUCAUGACCAAGAGCUUUACCUCUGCAUUCCCUCAUGUUGAGAGAUACUUCUGGACCGUGAUUAACCAACCAAACUUCAAGAAGGUGGUGGGUGAUGUAAAACAGACCGAAGCUGUCCCUCCUGUUCCUUCCAAGAAAGCUGCCCAGCCUGCGAAGCCCAAGGAAGAGCCUAAGAAAAAGGAAGCCCCUGCACCAGAGGCACCCAAGUUUGCUGAAGAGGAAGAGGCACCAAAGCCCAAAGCCAAGAACCCUCUUGACUUGCUGCCACCAAGCCCAAUGGUAUUGGAUGAUUGGAAGAGGCUGUACUCAAACACCAAAUCUAACUUCCGUGAGGUUGCUAUCAAAGGAUUCUGGGACAUGUAUGACCCUGAGGGAUAUUCACUAUGGUUCUGUGACUACAAGUACAACGACGAGAACAUGGUGUCAUUUGUCACACUGAACAAGGUGGGUGGGUUCCUUCAGCGCAUGGACUUGGCACGUAAAUACGCGUUUGGAAAGAUGCUGAUUUGCGGGUCAGAGGGUCCCUUCAAGGUGAAGGGUUUAUGGCUGUUCCGUGGACCAGAGAUCCCUAAGUUCAUAAUGGAAGAGGUGUACGACAUGGAGCUUUACGAGUGGACUAAGGUUGAUCUCUCAGAUGAAGCCCAGAAAGAGCGUGUUAGCCAGAUGAUCGAAGACGCAGAGCCAUUUGAAGGAGAUGCUCUCUUGGACGCCAAGUGCUUCAAGUGA